AUGAGCUCCACUACUGUACUCCACAAGACAGAUGUCGACCAAGAAGCCGCGAGUUUAACAAGGCAUUUGUUGAACAGCCAGAGCCCAGGUCUUGACGCAGGUUUCAAUACACCGAGUGUCUACGAUACAGCCUGGCUAGCGCUAGUCAAAAAGCGAAAUGCCAACGGAGAGCACCAAUGGCUUUUCUCAGAUUGCUUUCAAUACAUCCUCGACACGCAGCUAGCCGAUGGUGGUUGGCAGUCUUACUCUCAGGUGGACGGCAUUCUCAACACUGCGGCCUCGCUGCUGGCCCUCCGCCGCCAUGCCUCUGAACCGCUACAAAUCGCGAUCGUGCAGGCUGGAGAUGUGCAUGCUCGGGUGGAACGAGCAACGGCUGCCUUGCAGGUCAUGUUGAAUGCCUGGGAGGUGGCAGAGACGGCCGAGGAGAACACGCAUGUUGGCUACGAAGUUAUAGUACCAACGUUGCUGCGUCUUUUAAAAGAUGAAGGGAUUUCGUUCGAAUUCCAGGGUGAAGCUGCCCUAACUGAGAUAUACAGGGCGAGACUUUUGGCUUGCAAUCCAGAAGAUCUUUAUGGACAGACGAAAAUCACAGCCAUUCACUACCUCGAAGCAUUUCUGGGCCAAAUCGACUACAGCAAAAUUGCACACCACAAGGUCAAUGGUGCUUUCAUGUGGUCACCUUCUUCUACGGCGGCAUACCUGAUUGGUUUAUCGGAUGCAGCGUGGGAUGAUGAGGCAGAAGGUUAUUUGGUCAAGGUUUUGACAAGGACGGGUGGGAGAAGUGUUCCCAAUGCAUUCCCCUCCAUAAACUUUGAACUUUUAUGGGUACUGUCGGCUUUGACACAUGCAGGGUUUUCGGCUGAGCAGCUAGGCUCAUCGGCCACAGAGGUCGCUCAUGUGCUGGACCGAGCGUUUGAGGCAGGAAGCGACGCAGUUGGGUUUGGCAGAGGAAUGCUAAUCAAACUCGGCCCUGCAGUGCCCAACAUCAUGGUCGACGCCGACGAAACGGCCAAAAUGCUCAGCUUGAUAAACAGGUUCGGGAUUGCCAAAUCUGCCGCAAAUUUGGUACAAGAUUAUGAGACAGGCAGUCACCGGGAUACCAGUUUCAGCGCCAAUUGCAACAUUCUCCUCGCGCUGCUGCACCAGCCCAAUGCGGUCGAAUAUAUCGACCAAAUUGCCAAAUUACUCGAGGUUAUAUGCACCUUCUGGUGGAAGAGUAAUUGGCCGAUGCAAGACAAAAGGAACCUUUCUCCCUAUUAUCCCUGCAUGCUCGUUGUACAAACACUUGUUGACCUGAUCAAAUUGGUGGAAAGCAACAAACUCCCCGAAUCUCUGGUAUCAGACACCAUGAUCAAGACUAAAAUAUCGUUGGCUAUAUUUCAUGCAGCCAUUCGCACGCUCGAGGCGCAGGACGGCGAGGGCUCUUGGAACCAGUCAGUGGAAGAGACGGCUUACGCUGUCAUUCUAAUUUCGAUGGCAGCCCAAGUCACCAUGUUUGACCCAAUCCGGCAACGGCUCGUCGAUGCGGUGCGAACUGGCGAAAAUUGGCUUCAACAAAAUCAAUCCAAAGCCUCACCGGAGGGCGAACACCUUUGGAUUGGAAAGGUCACCUACGGAAGCUCUCUUUUAACUGGAGCCUUCCGCCUCGCCGCCCUUAAGUGCGCGUCUCUCCUAGCCGCAAAAAGCACCAUAGGAAAUUGCCUGGACAACGCCGAUUCUUGGCCCGAAUCGAAAGGCUAUAUCAAAGUAUAUAGCCGCACGCCAUUGUUUUGCAAAAUUCCAGAACCAAAGCUUUUCACCGCUGUUCUUGAAAGCUCGCUUUUUUUAAAAGUGUUGAGGGAGCGAAAAUACGAUAUAUUCUCGCGGGAAGGCGUGUCCAAAGAUAAAUACUUUACCUUGGUACCUUUCACAUGGACAGGCUCCUGCAUGCUUAAUGGCCUGCAGCCGUCGGCUGAAUGGUAUUGGGAAAUGACCAAGGUUGGUGUGUUGGGCUUCCAAACGGACGAAUUCUUCGAGGGGAUCUUGCGGCCUGAAGACCUGGACCUCUUCAGGCGGUACGUACGAUACCUCGUCCCAAUCGAGUUUGAUGAUUCGCAUUUCGAGCCCGACAAGGUCCCAGGCAUCGACCGCCUCAAGCCAAUGGCAAUUUACACAGACUAUAUUAUGAACCAUUGGGCCGUCCAAAGGGCUACUCCCGCCGACAGACUCGAUAUGGCACGUGAGCUGCGAGCAUACCUCUUCUCGCAGAUCCACCAGACGGGGCUUAACAUCCAGAUAGCCCGACAAGGUGACGCAUUCAAGCAUCCUCAGAGCUAUUUCAUGUGGGCACGCAUUGUCGGCACCGAGCACAUUGCCUCGCCCAUCUACUUUUCCUUCAUGGCGUGCAUGAUCCCACAAUCCGUGCUGCCCUCGCUGGCUGGCUCGGACAUCCUACCCACCAUGGAGGAAAAGUACUACGGCGAGGCGGUCAGCAAGCACUCUGGCGCCAUGUGCCGCAUGUAUAAUGAUAUGGGCUCUAUUCCGCGCGACACCGCCGAAAAGAAUCUCAAUUCGGUCCAUUUCCCCGAGUUCGCCAAGACAGUCGCUGAAAACAAAAAGCAGGCGCUGUGGGAUAUUGCCCAGUUCGAAAGGGAGGCUUUCGAAGAUGCCCUCGCGAGACUGUUCCGUGCCACAAGGAAGCGUAUGGCUGGCAUGGGGGAGAAAGAGAAAAAGGUGACCGAGAUAAGGAUGAAGUAUUGGCGCAUGUAUUGUGACAUUACGGAUUUGUAUGGACAAAUCUGGGUGUUGCGGGAUUUCUCGGCUCCUGUUUUCCAGCCUGCGCGUUGA